UGAAAGUCACUCUUUAUAUACACUUCCGUUAAGAUUACAGUUUAUGAAGCAAUUAAACGAGGAUAAAGUAAUGAAUGAAAAAGAUGUAGUAAUGGGAAGAAAUGAAACGGUGUUGUGUAAGG